GCUGUUUUGUGGGCUGUCUUUGUACCUCGGGCGGGCAGGUGAUGAUAACAAAGGCGUAGUAGCAGGCAGGGCAAGUCAUUUUGCAAACAAAUCCCAACAGCCGCAGUCCACCGAAAGGAGAGACAAACAUUUUGUAGAUCGAAAAGAUCGCCGCCAAUCUUUAGCCACAAUGAACACCUGCCCCGCUCUGCUGAUGGCCUUGGCAUUUGCCUGCCUGGCCCUUAGCCAAACCCAAGGAUAUUCCGCCAGCGAGGAUGCCAGAAUUAUAGCGGAGUACAAGCGUGAAAUGGAGCUCGACCAUGCGAAGAUCGCCCGGCAAUUGGUGCACCGCGCCAACUGGGCGGCGGUGGGCAGCAUUUCCACCAACAAGAUCGUGGAGGACUAUCCCAUGGUCAAUAUCGUAUCGAUCGAUGACAGUGACGCCAAUGGCAACUCCACGGGAAAGAUACGCUUCCUGCUUACCGAUCUGGACUUUACAGGUCCCGACUGGGAGAAGAACAACAAGGUGACACUGAUGUUCACUGAAGAGCAGACCCUGAACUGCAAGAAUCACGGCAAGGAUCCCAUGGAGCCCACUUGUGCCCGCUCAAUGAUCAGCGGUCAAGUCCAGAGGUUCGAUAAGAGUGAUCGCAGCUACAAGCCAGCGCUGGACGCAUACAUAAAACGGCAUCCGUCCGCCAACAACUGGAUAAAAGCCCACAACUUCUAUCUGUGCGAGCUGAUCAUCCGCAAUAUCUUUGUGCUGGACUUCUAUGGCGGCCCGCAUCAGGUCACUGCCUCCGACUAUUACGCCGUUCAAGUGUGAUGACCCACCACCACCUGACGAUACGCUAAGGAAUCAGCUUGAUGCCUCACUUCUUUGUUCAGUUGAGCAUUCCACCAACAAAUUUCAUGAUAAGCCAAUUGUUUUUUUUUUUUCUGACUGCACAAAGAAAAUAAUUCAAAGGUGCGGUCUGUUAUCAGUUAAGGCCCCACCGAAUCAGGGGAAAUUUUCAAAUGUGGAAAAUUAACAUUAAAUUCUUGUAAAUGUA